UAGUGAAUUAUAUGUGUACUAAGUAAAUUCAGUUAUCAUGUAAAUAAACCUAUUUAUUCAAAAGUGUAAUUGUUCAGUUUUUAUCUAGGGUUGGGCGAUGAAUCACCAAGAUAGGAAAUCACGCGAGUUCAAUAAUUAUGGUUACUAGUGUCUGCUUUAUCCCACUAUGUAGGACCGGGUAUGCUUCCGAUCGAAAAAAACGUAAACAGGAGCAAAACUACAAAAAAAUUUCACUAUUUGGAGCACCUAAAAAUGACGAAGCUCUGUUCAAAAAAUGGCAGCGAAAAAUACCCCGGAAUGGUUUCAAACUAACGGAUAAAGUGUGCGAGAUUCAUUUCAAAGAGGACGAGAUAAUACGAUUCUACGAAACCAAAUUGACAGACGGAACAAUCCACAGAAUAGAGCGCGAUAAUCCUCGAUUGAAACCAGGAGCCGUACCGAGCAUUUUUCCAAAUUUACCGAAAUAUUUGUCAUUCGAAGUAAAGCAGAGAAAACCUCCGAAAGAAAGAAAACCACUUCAAAUUCAAAAGCGGAAAAGACGAAGCCAUCCUGCUGAACCUGAACCCGAACCUGAACCUGAACUUGAUUGUGAUGCGCCUGAUGAGCCUAAUGAUUCAGAUUCCUCUAUUAUUAUCAUCGAUGAUUAUGAUUUCCUCAAAUUAUUAGCAGAUCUAGAAAUAAUUAUGAUCAAUUGGCCAGACUGGCUAUGUAAUCGAAUUUCCAUCGAGGAAGAAGACGUUGUAUUCAUGAUCCAUAUCGAUGCGGCGGAAAAAUUGCCUGAUAAAUAUAUACGAAUUGACAAUAAUCUUGAUGUACUGGGAUUCCUUUGUGGAAAUGAAAAAGUACAAUUGCCUUGCAGUAAGCUGAAGAAUUCAAUUGACGUGUACAAUGUGCUGAAAUUCAUGAGUGAGUUUAAACGGUGACCAAGUUCAGGACUGGAGUAGAUGUCUCCGGCAUCUGUACAAUAAUUCAUUUAAUUUGGAACAAAAGUGUUUCUAACUACCAUCUUCUUAUCAAGAUAUUUUAUUGACUGCGAUUUUUCUGAAAAUCUUCAGAUUUUUUUUGUUCAUUACUCGCGCGAAAAAUCGGGAUAAAUGUAGAUCACCGAGGACGGUACCGUGUUUAUUUGUUAUUAGAAUCUGUUCAUUUACGUACAACUUGCUUCGUUUAUAUACUCAUUUUUAAGUGGAAUUUACUUUUUGUAAACUUUCACUGGAAAAUAAACGAUUAUCGAUGUUGAAAUUA